ACACACAUCAUGCACACAGAGAGAGAGAGUAAAAAAACAGAGAGAGAGAGAGAGUAGAGAGAGAGACAGAGAGAUGUCAAGUGCAGUUGUGUCCCAACUGUAAAGCCGGAGGUAUCUGGAGGUAUCUGAGCUCUCCCUCAUAAUUGUUGCUUUCUUCCCUGCAACUCUAAUUUAUGUCAGUAUUCUCUGAUCUAGCGAAGAUGGUGUCUUCGCUCCAGAUUAUGUGGAUGUUCAAGGAUGGGGUGAUUCUGUUCUGUACACCGUUCCUGCUCCUCCCGCUGCCUCUACUGAUCGGAACCACGGAGGCAAGAUGUGCCUAUGUGAUAGCUCUGAUGGCAGUGUACUGGUGUACUGAGGUAUUGCCACUAGCGGUGACUGCUCUCCUGCCCGCUGUCCUUUUCCCUCUGUUUGGCAUCAUGGAGUCCAAGCAGGUGUGUAUGCAGUACCUGAAGGACACCAACAUGCUGUUUGUAGGCGGUCUGAUGGUGGCUGUUGCCGUGGAGACAUGGAACCUUCACAAGCGCAUCGCCCUCAGGGUUCUACUUGCUGUGGGGGUGCGGCCUGCCCUUCUGAUGCUAGGGUUCAUGGGUGUGACAGCGUUCCUGUCCAUGUGGAUCAGUAACACAGCCACCACAGCUAUGAUGGUCCCCAUUGUCCAGGCUGUCCUGGAGCAGCUCAACAGCCCACAGAAUGGGGAGAAGCCCUUGCCCAUCCCCCAGAGCCAGGAGAAUGUUAUGAUUCCUGAGGAAAGACUGGAGAACAGUUCAAACCCACAGGACAAACUUAUCAUCCAGGACAAUCACAUUCCACUGGAGAAACCAGCCACAGAGGAUAAACUGGACUCCCCAGACAAACCAGUUCACCAGGACAACUCUCUGACUGAUGGGAAGCCAGUGGUAGUGUCCAUGGUCUUGAAGGAGGGGACUGAAGCAGAGGAGCAGGUUGGGGAGGAAGAGGAGGAGAAGGAGAGGACAAAAAUGUGUAAAGGCUUGACGUUGUGUGUGUGUUACGCUGCCAGCAUCGGAGGCACUGCCACUCUCACUGGUACCGGACCCAACCUCGUCCUCACAGGGCAGAUGAGCCAACUCUUCCCUCAGAACGGUGACGUGGUUAACUUUGCCUCGUGGUUCGCCUUUGCCUUCCCCACAAUGCUGCUAAUGCUGAUGCUGGCCUGGCUCUGGCUCCAGCUCGUCUUCAUCGGCUUCGAUCUGAAGCGUACGUGGGGCUGUGGUGCUGUGCAGUCAGAGAAAGAACAUGCAGCGUAUGAUUUGAUCCGUGAGGAGCAUCGUCGUCUGGGGCCAGUGUCCUAUGGAGAGUUGAGUGUCCUGGGGCUCUUCAUUCUGCUGGUGGUGUUGUGGUUCACACGAAGCCCAGGCUUCAUCAACGGAUGGGCAACCCACAUCUUCAACACAAAGGCAGAGUUUGUGACUGAUGCCACAGUGGCAGUGUUUGUUGCCGUGCUGUUGUUCGUCUUGCCCUCUGAGCCCCCCCGCUACCUCUGCUUCUGGAGAACACAGAGCUUUGACACAGAGCCCCACCGCGGGCCCACCCCUGCCCUGUUGACCUGGCAGGUGGCCCAGAGGAAGAUGCCCUGGAGCAUUGUACUGCUGCUAGGAGGAGGCUUCGCUCUGGCUAAGGGCAGCGAGGUGUCUGGUCUGUCGCGGUGGCUGGGUGAUCAGAUGAUACCUCUCUGCUCCAUCCCUCCCUGGGCUAUCGCAGUCAUCCUCUGUCUCCUCACCGCCAUCUUCACUGAGUGUGCCAGCAACGUGGCUACCGCUACACUCUUCCUGCCCAUCCUAGCCUCCAUGUCCCAAUCCAUAGGAGUGAACCCACUGUAUGUGAUGGUACCCUGUACCCUCAGUGCCUCCUUUGCCUUCAUGCUCCCUGUCGCCACGCCUCCUAACGCCAUCGUGUUCUCUUAUGGAUACCUGAAGGUGUCAGAUAUGGCUAAGACAGGUAUAGUGAUGAACAUCCUUGGGAUCCUGUGCAUCACUCUGGCCAUUAACAGCUGGGGUAGAGCCAUUUUCAACCUGGACACCUUCCCCUCCUGGGCCAACACCACCGCUAACAUCACUACAGGAGGAUGAGGGGGGGGGGGGAUGACCCCCAAAAACACCAUCAUAUGCCCCUGUACUGCAAUACCACUGCUACCGAUGCCAAAAAGGGGAUGAGGGAGGAGGAGACCACUGACAACCCUCACUGGGGCAACAGAGGGCUGGCCAUGGGAACACUGGUUUACUGGUUUAUUAUCAGUGUAUUUUAUACUUAUUAUGUACAGAUAAUAUUAUUAUAUUAUAUGGUAAUGAGGGAGCCUUAGAGAACUCUGAUGAUAAAUAACUUGUAAAAGCCAAGACACGCUGUAAUACUGUAACUUAUAUUUGUAUUAAUAGCAAUAUUGUGAUAUCAAUUGAUAUUAUAUAAAUAUAUUAUCUUACAUAAAAUUACAGUGCCUUUGGAAAGUAUUCAGAACCCUUGACUUUUUCCACAUUUUGUUAUUAC